CCCCUUUCCUCACGCGCCCCCUCUGAUUUCGAUUUCCUCUCACUCUGCGAGAGAGAGAGAGAGAAUCCAUCCAAUUUAGGGCUAGGGAUCCGACUGAAGGAAAGAGGAGGAGGAAGAAGAAGACGCAGUGGCCAAAAACAUGGGCGUGAAUUCGGUUCCGACGGACGCAACACUCGAUCUCGACGAGCAGAUCUCUCAGCUCAUGCAGUGCAAGCCUCUCUCCGAGCAACAGGUUAAAUCAUUAUGCGAGAAAGCCAAGGAGAUUCUGAUGGACGAAAGCAACGUCCAGCCUGUCAAAAGUCCAGUGACAAUCUGUGGUGAUAUUCAUGGACAAUUCCAUGAUCUUGCUGAGCUUUUCCGCAUUGGAGGAAUGUGCCCUGAUACCAACUAUCUAUUUAUGGGAGACUAUGUCGACCGUGGUUAUUAUUCUGUUGAAACUGUUACGCUGUUAGUAGGCUUGAAAGUACGGUAUCCUCAGCGAAUCACUAUUCUUAGAGGAAACCAUGAAAGUCGUCAGAUUACUCAAGUUUAUGGAUUUUAUGAUGAAUGCCUUAGAAAGUAUGGCAAUGCUAAUGUAUGGAAGAUAUUUACAGACCUCUUUGACUAUUUCCCACUGACAGCCUUGGUGGAGUCGGAAAUAUUCUGCCUUCACGGUGGAUUGUCACCAUCAAUAGAGACCCUUGACAACAUCAGGAACUUCGAUCGAGUUCAAGAAGUACCACAUGAAGGGCCGAUGUGUGACUUGUUAUGGUCUGAUCCUGAUGACAGGUGUGGCUGGGGAAUCUCCCCUCGUGGUGCUGGAUAUACAUUUGGUCAGGACAUUUCCGAACAAUUCAACCACAGCAACAGCUUAAAACUGAUUGCUCGAGCGCAUCAGCUGGUUAUGGAUGGAUUCAACUGGGCACACGAGCAAAAGGUGGUUACUAUUUUCAGUGCACCAAACUAUUGCUAUCGCUGUGGAAACAUGGCCUCCAUUCUCGAGGUCGAUGACUGCAGGAACCACACCUUCAUUCAGUUUGAACCAGCCCCAAGGAGAGGAGAACCAGAUGUGACCCGAAGGACACCUGACUACUUCCUAUAAACACAAGUCACCACCUCCUUUCAGAUGCAAAGCCCUGUUGUUUGUUUUUGAAGAUCACUGCUUAAUUUGAUUUGGUACAAGGCAAUUUUUGUUUCAGGUUGCUUCCUCUUGAAAAUCGAUUGAGCCCCCUCCCUUGGAGCAGUGUAAUAUAUAGGCAACAAAGGUCAAUGAACUUUAAAACUCGGUAUGAAUAUUUGUGUUUGGUUGAAAUUGUUCAGAUCCCUACUGCAUCAUAAUAUGUUUCAUGAGAUAUAUAUAUAUGAUUUGAUUUA